UUGACGAGAAUCAAGGAUUUAACAUGGAAUUAUCAUUAGAUGACUACAUAGGCAGUACCUCUGGAAUGGAUUUUCACGUGCAAAUUAGAAAUACCCAAGAACAGAGAAACAUUGGUUUUUCUGGAAGAGGAAGAGGGAAUGUUCGAGGCCUGGGCCGUGGUAUUACAGGUUCAAAGUCAGGAGUAAAUACUGUGAAUUUUAGAGGUGGAGCAAAAGGUUUCAGAGGUGGGAUCAGAACUUUCAAAUCAUUGAGAGGUGGUUCAGAUGUAAAUACUGCAAAAUUUAGAGGAGGAAUUGUUUCUGGCAGUGCAUCCAGAAAUUUGACAAUUUCUGUUCCUAGUAAGUCUGGUGGAUUUGAUGCUAGAGCAAAAAUAUCUGCCAACAAGAGACCUUUGGAUGCAAGGGAUAAGUUGUCUUUAAAAGGAAAACAGACAGAUGCCAGAGCAAAAAUUGCAAAUAUUCAAGCUCAAAAAAUGGGAGUAAAGACUAAUGAUGCUAGAAUGAUUAUCACAAGUAAGACCGGAGGCCAAGGAGGAGAUGUCAAAGUGAGGGUGGGGUCUAGAGAUAACACAGAUAGUGCUCUUCUUACAAGAACACUUAAUACGGGAGGAAAACAAAGUUCAAUCACACGGACAAUACCAGGAGGAGGAGGAGCAGAAAAGCCUCCUUCCUCUAUAACAUUUGGACAAGGUGGAAAUCCAAUCAUUCAAAUAAAGAACGAUCAGUUUCACAACCCACGACAGUCGUCUGGAGGUCAGUUAGAUAUUUACUAUGAUGAGGAAGAAGAAGGGAAUGUCCAAAAGCCUAUGACCUAUUUAGUUGAGAAAACACUGACUGUUAAAAAACCUCAACUCCUUCCAACUUACAAAUUUACACAAGAAGUACCAAAACGUCAACCUCCAGUUGUGAAAAAGCCCGUCAUGAUUUCAACAAAGAGACCCUCUCCUAUCCAUUUUGUUAGCUCAGAUGAUGUUAUUGAUGAGACACACAGGGAAUUGAAACGUAAGGCAUCUUCAGCACCAGUGUCUGGACCACUAAAGCUUGCCAGAACCACUGGGAUUGUACCAGGAAUUUCUGCUGUACCGUUAGAAAGGCCCAAAGUGUUGACGUCAGCAAGUGUUAAAGAGGAAGAAAUCCCAGCAGAGUUGCAGGAAUCAAGUGGGUAUCGUGUCAUUGUCUCUAAUCUUCAUACUAUUGUGGUACAAAAUGACAUUAUAGAGCUGUUUGGAGCCAUUGGACCAAUCAAACGAGCCCGGCUUUUGAAGGCAGGAGUAGCUGAAGUUGUUUACCUCAAUAAAGAGGACGUUCAAAAAGCUAUCCAGAAGUACCACAACAGAGAAUUGGAUGGAUUGCCAAUGCAGGUAAAAUUGUACACUCCUCCCAAACCAAAAAAGGCUACACCUGAAUCAAUUGUUGGCAAUGUCAAAGAUGUGGAGGGUCCCCUCAGACUUGGUAAGGAUAAUCCAAGGAAAGGCUCAGAUCUUGAUGUUGGUAUACUACACAAAGCUUUGUUCAAGACUGGUACUCCAAACAAAACAAAGGUGGCUUUUACAGUGAAAGUGUAAUUGUCCACUCCAGAGCAGGCCAUGUAGAUUUUCUCCAGCAAACUUGUCUUGCUGCAAAACUAGAAUGUAAAUAUUGGCAAUUCAAAGGUCCUUAUUUUUUGUGAGCCAUCACCCACUUUGUAUGAAAUGAGAUUAUCUGCCCAUAUAUCCAUCUCCUUAAAGCUUUCCCACUUCCCUUAAAUAACUUUGUUAUUGCUUAUUUUCAUGUUUCUGUAGAGUUAUGCCCCUCCCCUGUCCCUCCAAAAAAAAAAAUUAGUAAAAUUAAGUUUUGGAGCAAAGACUUAACAAAGUACUGUGAGUCCUUAUUUUAUACAAGGAUACUGCAAAGGAGUUGUGUAUAUGGUGCAUAAAGAUAAAAAGAUGAGCUUUUGUGACAACAGAAUAUAUUCAUAAUUCAUGUAUGUUAUCAUCUCAAUUCAUAUUGUCAUUAAUGGAACAUUUUUCAAAUGUCAGUAUCAUAAUCAUAGGCUUUGUUUUACAUUCAUGUUUCAUUAAAGAAUUAGCACACUA